AUGGGCAACUUGCAGAGCGCAGAAGAACGCAGAAAAAACGGGUGCCGAUUAGUUUCCCAGUGUAACCGUCAGUAUCCAUGCAAUCACUACAGCCGCCGUCGACGGGCCGAAGAGUGUAUAUAUAGCUCUCCUUCGGUAGAUGGUUCCGACCGUCGUCCGGCAGCACCUGUCCCGGACGCUCGGAGCCGGCUACCACCCCAGGAUGCGCAGCAGUCGAGAAGUGGAUCAACCGAACAUGAACCUGAAGGUUACCAGCCUAGCAAGAACUGUGCCAUAGCCAAGACUUUUGGAUACUUUGAGGAUAGCAACACUAACACGAUGACUCUGCUGCGGAAUGUUGACUUGAUCUAUGAGGACUACAAAGAUCUACUCGAACCCCCCAUGCAAUCUAUGAGGGAUACAGUCCAACUUCAGCUUAGGCGUAUACCAGACCGCCAGAUCUUUGAUUUCCUUAUGCAGUACUUUGUCAGUGAGUUGAAUUGGAUGAAACAAGUUAUCCACGCUCCCAGCUUCUUAGCCCACUAUCAGAGAUGGUGGCCCAAAAAAGAGAACCCAAUGGCUGUGUCUGAUAUCGAGUUUGCAACUCUUAUUGCUCUCAUUGGUUCUUAUGCAACGCUGUUUCUACCUUCGCCCUCCCACAACGUCGAAAACAUCUGUGGCCGGUCACUCUGUGAUAUUCGCGACACAUGCAGUGAUAUUGGAGAGAAACUUGCCAAAUCAUGUGAAGGGGGUACAGCUCAGUUUUGGGAGGGCAUAGCUUCUGCGUGCCGAGCCGCUCAGAAGGCUGGUAUUUACACAGUGCCUACCGAUACGCUAGAUUCCUCCCUUUCCACUGGAGAUAGUGCCCAAGAGCUAGAAAGAGAGGUCCGGGAUGACUUUCUUCACUCUUUAUGUUUUGGACAGCCAUUUAGCCAGACAGCUAGAUCGGGUCCCUUUAUUACCCGAUUAUUUGGUCGCAGAGACAUUGCCCCGGUUGGCCUGAUCUCGGACCAUGGCAAUUUACCGCCAGGCGCCCAUGUUAAUGCUCCAGAUAGUUUCAAAUUAAAGAAGAACUCCCCGUAUGACCCAACGGAGCGGGAGCACAGAUAUGAGAGACUCUGCGUCGAGUAUCUGCCUACCCUAGACCCAGCAUUCGCUAUAGAUCACCCGGACAUGACAUGGGAUAUAUCUCUUCCAAAUUUACCUAUGCAAAGGCAGCUCUUGUACAUCGCUAUUUACGACUCACUCUAUUGGAAUUUCCGGACAGUUCUGCUGCUCAAACCAGGCUAUAUCGACAGCCUCCACCCUUAUAAGCGAGUACUUGUCCAGUCCCAAAAGCAGAGACUUGGUCUGGCUGCAAUGAAAACGCUCGAGGCUGUUACCACCCUCCAUUCAAUGUUUGGUGUCUCUUGUACCCGCUUUGCCGUCAUUAUCUUCAACACCUUCGAGGCUACCGUUUUGUUGCUGUACCUUUGCGCCCAUGCGGAUUUUCCAUUUGAGCAGGGAGACAGAAACACUGAUAUACUGGGCGUGAAGCUUAAACUGACCUAUCAAAGGGCGAUUCAAGUGAGUAGGCAGGCUGUUAAUCGUCUGCAAAUGCUGGCCGAGAUGAGCGAGAUGGCUGCGUCCGGCGCUGAGGUGACGGCUCAGCUUUUCAUCAAAGGUGUCAGGGCCAGGCAGCUUCAAAGCCCAGGUACCGCCGCUCCGGCUAGUCCUGAUACUUCAUGGAAACCUCCAGAUCAGCCUACUAUGGAGGCCAUCAAUGAUAUCCAGGACCAGUGGGGGUUCUUAGAACAAGAAAAUCCCGUUUUGACGACGGACAUGUUCUCCUCAAUAUUACAAGACGAUUCCUUUUCAAAUCUGCAGCAGUCAUCACUGGAGAUCCCGAUGGCAUGGAGAGGUACGGGGAUCUAG